GGAACCUUACUUAGGCUUGAAACCAACCAAGGCCUCUUCAAAAGCCCUUUUCCUCCCUCAUUAGUCUCUUCCAAAUUAUCAGUAAAGCAAAAGAAACAAUUUGGACCCAUCUCUCAUCGUAACUUCUCUAUUGAUAAUAUCUUCAACAGUAGCAAAAUAGAAAAAAGAAGAAGUAUGGUUGGUCCAUCCAUUAAUUCCCAUAAUUUUCCUCUUAAAUUCCUUUGUAGCUAUGGUGGGAAGAUUAUCCCCCGUCAAACCGAUGGCAAACUCCGUUAUUAUGGUGGCGAAACCCGUGUCCUCUCCGUCGAUCGUUGCAUUUCUUUUGCAGAGCUAUUAGUGAAGCUAGGGGAGAUGUCUGGAUCAACAGUGAGUUUAAGGUGUCAAUUACCAAGUGAAGAUCUAGAUGCUCUUGUGUCUGUUACAUCUGAUGAAGAUUUGGCUCAUCUCAUUGAAGAAUAUGAUCAUGCUUCAACACCAUCAUCGUCCCUCAAGAUCAGGGCUUUUUUAUUACCACCCAAAUCCACAAAAAAAGUUGUAUCUCCUCCACCUUCUAUUACUUCUACCUCAUCCACCACUACCACUAUUAGCAACCCUGAUGCCACAUCACCGAGUUCAUUUUGUUCCACAGUUGCUAACCCUCCUAGUACUGUCACCUCGUCGAGGCAUCAUGAUUGUCCAAGACCGUAUAAGAAAAUGAUGUCCAAUUCUUUCGAUCAGUUUGAAACACUUAACGGGCGCAUUCGUCGUACUUUGUCAAGUCCCCCAGUGAUUUUUCCUAUUUGUCAUGAGAAAGUCGCCGUGAAGAUUCCAAAAUAUGCUUAUCAUAAUCAUGGGAACAAUAGUGGACAUAUUUAUUUGAUUCACCACGGCAACCACUGGCAAUAACAGCAGCUAUUUUCCAUGGACAAGGGAUGAAUAAAUCGGACUUCUUGGAACAUACUAUAUACAUUUUUAUAAAGAAAAAGAAAAAAAAGAGGAUGAUAUAUAUACUUUUGAUGUAAGAAGUGAGAAUGGAGUGUAUGUCAAUAACAAGAUUGGUAUUUUUUGUGUCAAUUCGUUCUUGGCAAAUUUAUGCAUAGCAAUUAUAUAUAAGGGAGACCAAAUUUUUGAUGAUUGA